AUGAUGUUUAAGGUAUUAUCACAAGUAAACGGUGAUGUACGAAGCCGCAGGCAAGCCGGUUAUGAUAGCUAUUCGAGCAUUGAACAAGGACGUGGUAGAGAGGGACGUAGUGGCGCUGGAGUCAGCAGUAGCGUUCUAACAAGUUUUGGUGGAGGGGCACCUUCAGCACCUGGUGGUGGUUGCUGUGGUUGUGGCGUAUCACCACCAGGACCACCGGGUGAGCCUGGACCAGAUGGAAAUGAUGGUAGAGACGGUGAACAAGGACCACCGGGUAGAGAUGGACAGGAUUCCCAUCAGGCACCACCUACGAUGCCACAUAUUGAUUGGUGUUUCGACUGUCCGGAUGCACCAGCUGGUCCAGCAGGAAAUCCAGGACCAAAAGGUCCAAAGGGCGCACCUGGUCCUCCAGGAAAGGAUGCAGAUGGUGGCAAUAGAGGACCACCAGGACCACCAGGUAGUCCGGGACAAAGUGGCGCACCGGGUCAACCAGGUCCAAAAGGACCACCAGGACCGCCUGGGACUGUAGUGGAAACAUCCGCACUAUCGGGUCCACCAGGUCCACCAGGACCACCUGGUCAGCGUGGAUCACAAGGACCACCCGGACAAAGAGGAAAUCCUGGACAAGAUGGACUACCAGGACCACAGGGAGAUGUAGGAAAAGAUGGAGCACCUGGUAAACCAGGUAUCGAUGGAACAACUGGACCGCAAGGUGAACGUGGAUCUUCUGGUUCAUGUGAUCAUUGUCCACCCCCGCGAACAGCACCUGGCUAUUAA